AUGGACUCGGCGAGACACCAGACGAUGCUGCACCUCAGAUCCCCCUCCGGCGACCGACUAAUCCGCAUUGAGGUGCUCGUCCUGAGAGAUGUUGGAAUCGUCACCCCUUCCGGAGCCAUCGAGAAGCCACGUCCGGAUCCGCGGGGAGAGUUGCCCCUCGCCGACCCUCAAUUCGACCGUCCGGCCGGAAUUGAUAUUGUCAUCGGUGCGGACGCCUACGGCCGGAUCAUCCAAUCGGGCGUUCGGAGCUACGGCCCGCUUCUGGCCCAGAACACUGUGUUAGGCUGGACGCUCACCGGGCGCGCGGCCGCCGCUCGACAGGCCGACCAGGGCGUUGCCCUGUCUUGCGCCACCCUGUCCAUCCCGGGCCCAGCGACCGGCCACGAGCGCCUCCUCGGCCUCGUCCAGAAAUUCUGGUCUCUGGAGGAGGUACCCCAGACGAGAAGGAUCUCCACCGCCGACGUCGAGUGCGAGGCAGCGUUCGCUCGAGGAUGCAGCCGAGACCCCACAGGGCGCUACACCGUAGCCCUCCCGCUACGACCGGAACGUGUCGCUCUCCUCGGGGAGAGCCUGAGCCAGGCUCGUUCCGCCCUCGCCUCGAUGCACCGCCGGAUGCAGCGGGACCAGGAACUGUCGGGCCGCUACCACGAGUUCAUGGCCGAGUAUGAGAACCUCGGGCACAUGCGGCGUCUCACUGCCGAGGAGCUCACCGCACAUCAAGGACCGGCCGUCUACAUCCCGCAUCACGGAAUCUGGCAACAUCACGAUCGAGGACGGAAACUGCGCGUCGUCUUCAACGCCUCGAGACCCACAUCCUCCGGAUACAGCCUGAACGACGCGCUGCACGCCGGGCCGAAGCUACAAGGGCACGUGACCACCGUGCUCACUAGGUGGAGGCUGCACCGUUACGCCUUUUGCGCGGACAUCCAGAUGAUGUUCCGCCAGAUCCGCGUGAGGCCAGAGGACGUCCACCUCCAGAGAGUGCUGUGGAGCCAGGACGCAGACUCCCCCGCUCACCACUACGCGCUGCAAACCGUCACUUACGGCGAGACCUGCGCACCGUACCUGGCCCUCCGGACCAUCAGACAGCUCUGCGCCGACGAGGGCGCCCGCUUCCCACUCGCCCGAGAGGCCGCUGAGAACGACCUCUACAUGGACGACUUCCUCAGCGGUGGCCACAGUUUGGAGACAACCCGACGCCUCAGGGACCAGCUGAUCGCGCUCCUCACGGCGGGCGGCUUCCACUGA